GGUCGUGCUCCUGCCCCCAGAGCUGCCCAUGCAGGUGCAACACUUGGUCAUAAAGGGUAUGUCUACGGGGGCAGAGUACUGGGAACCACACCAAGUGACAUUCAUUGUCUAGAUCUAGAAUCAUGGACAUGGUCUGAAAUAGUGUCAACAUCCACUGUGCCAGGGGGAAGGUCGUGGCACAGCCUCACUGCAGUAUCUGAUAACACUUUGUUUCUAUUUGGUGGACUGAAUGUGGACUGCAAACCAAUGAGCGAUGGAUGGGUUUUAGACGUUGACACAAAGACAUGGAGGGAGUUGGACCAUCCAAACAACAACAAACCAAGGUUGUGGCACACAGCAAGCCAAGCCAAGGACUCUGACGUGGUUGUGUUUGGGGGUAGUUGUGACUACGUCCUCCUAGGAGGAACGUAUGAGAAUUUGACGGGCCACAGCAAUGAUGCACUUGUUUUCCAGACCCAGCCUUAUCCUCUCUUUCGGAUAUGUGUGGACUGCAUAGCAAAGAAUCUGAACAACUGUAAGAUGCUUCAAAUCCAGCUUCCGUAUCUGCCCCGGAAACUACUGGAAGCUGUACAGAGGAGAACGUCCAGGAAUAUAUAAUACAUA